GACGCACUGUGUGAUGUGGUGGACCGUGUAGAGUCCAGACUGUGGUUGGUGACAGGGGCUCAGCACUGUCCCCUUGUGCGUGGGGCCUACCUGGGUGUGGCAGGCCUGCUGAGGGGGUUCUGCUCUCAGGGGUUCCUCCGCCAGAUGAGGGAUGUACUCCUGUCAGAGCUCCACUCACCACACCAAAGGCUCCAGGUUGGGUCCGCCUCCUUCCAUCAGAACGCUAUCCACUUCCUCUGUGCAGAGCCCCGGUGGGCUUGCCAGGUGUGGGGGAGUUUCUCCACAGAGAGCUCUGACCUGAGGCUGUCAUUGGUCAGUUGGGCGGCUGAAAGGCGGCGAUGGAGUGGGACCAGCAUGCAACAGGUGCUGCAGACGGCACUGCAGGCCAACCUGAAGGAGGCGUUGUUGGAUCAGAGUGUGGAGUACAGCAGGACAUAUCUGACAACUCUAAUUGCCGUGAUGACUCCUGGGGCUGACCAUACUCUAUCCCAGAAGCCUUCCCUUUCUCCCCCCCCCUGGAGGGUCCAGUCCUGCUGGAGUGUGUGGAGCUGCUGCUGGGGGCCCUGGAGGGCCACAGAGGGGGGGCCAGAGUUUCUAUCCCAGGCCCUGUGUGCUGCCAGCCUGCUGCUCUCCCAAAGUCUUCAGACAUCUCUGUUCCCUCGGUGGUGCAGUCUGUUGGAGGUCCACCGGGUGCCAGAGGCCCCUGAGGCUCUCAGGAGAUCCUGUGCUGGGGCCCUGUGUCUGGCUGGGGCCCCCUUACUGAGCAUGGCCCUGAGGGACCACACUCCUCUCCCUGUCUUCAGCACCAGGUUGAUCAACACAGGGCUUUACCUGCUGCAGGACGAGAGCCAGCAGGUGAGGAUAAAAGCGGCAGGUUUUGCCUCCACACUCUGCCAAGCCAGGAGAGGAGGAGGGGAGAGGAGCAUGUACCUGAUGCAGGUCAACCAGGCUCUGCCCUUCCUGCUGGAGCUGCUGCUGGAGGAAUGCUGGGAUAGUCCUGGUGCCCUGGAGGUGUUGCUGUGUCACAUGCCCCAGUCUGACCUGAGCUCAGUCCUGAGGGAGGCCAGGGACACUGGGUGUGCCAGUCUCUAUGAGCAGGAUGAGGCCAACGUAUUUGCAGAACCGUCUGUGAUGUCAGCAUGUCUGCUUCCAUACCUGCUUCAGCUCGCUGAAAAGUACCCAGCAUCCUCAGUGGUGGGAGAACGCCUGGGUGUAUGGGCCAGGGAGAAUGUUACAGACCUGCUGGAGAACCUCCGGGUCUGUAAAGACCUCCAGCCAGGUGACACCCUGGACCCGUCCUGGUUGGCCCUUCUCAUGGAUUCUAGUUUCCAUGGCACCCUGUGUGGUCUGUGGGCCAGGGCAGCAUUCCUCCUGCGGCUACUAGAAAUGUCUGAUGACCUCCGGCCCCUCUGUGAUCCCGAGAGUUUACGUAAGAACAUCCAGGAAGUUCACUGUGUGCUCCGCCAGAACGGUGUCCAGAUGCCCGCUGCCUUUACUGCAGCACUGACUGGAGACCUGCCUUGAUGAUACAGUAGUCUGGUCCACACUGUGACAACAGAUUGCCUUAGUUCUCCUCUUUGACGAUCCAAGUCCAGAAUGAAUGAAUCCAUGGAUGCUGCAUGAAUGCCUACUGCAGCUACAAACAACGUGGGCAUUGAAUGUACUCUCUGUAGCUUCUGCACUACAGUAGCAUUUGGCAGGCAGGUUCUCCAAUUAGUUAUGUAAAAGAACUGACUAUAGCCAGAUGAAUGCAAUGAUCAGAUUACUUGCUGCAGCUGAUGAGGCCUGCUAAGUAUUGACCAGCUAUAGAGAGCAUCUCCUUACACCUACUAUGCCUGAACUGAGAGUGUCUAUACUGAUCCAAAGAGCCUCUUAGAACAUCUCUGUUGAUACUAUUGUGUAUUUUAUUUACUAUGUUAAUGCAUUUGCAUGUCUGUAAUCAUGAUGCAGCCAUGAUGCAAGUAUUUUUGUAUGGUUUUAAAGGAUGAAUGUUUAAUUUUAUAGAUUAAAUAAUCUAUUAAAGUGGGGUUGUCCUC